GCCGGCUAAGUCAUGGCUGUCUCAUCAAAACCAAAAAUAUAAUAAAAAUAAAAUAAAAUAAUCUCACAAACAUUUUCUUAUUUGUUCUCCAUAUAGAUCUUGGUUUAGACAAAACCAAUGUAUUAUAUUUGUCUCUCAUAUCCCUUCAUCACCCAAUUCCCCUCUCUUCUCUAGCUAUAACAUUCAUCAACCAAAAGAAAAAAAAAAAUCUCUCUCAAUAUUUCUCUCUAUGUUGGGAAUGAGAAAAAUCAGCCCAAAUGGAUCCUAACCACAUUCCUACAACCACCGCCGUCACCGUCACCACCGAAGAAGAAGACCAGAGUUCAAAAACAACAACCGAAGAGACCGACCAAAUCAGCAACGAAAUGGGUAGUGGGCGCUCCUACGAGUGCGUAUUUUGCAAACGAGGGUUCACAACGGCUCAAGCCCUAGGUGGCCACAUGAACAUCCACCGCAAAGACCGUGUUAAAACCAAGCCUAAUACCCCUUCUAAACCCGAACCCUUCAAUAACCAUCCUUCAACUCUUCGCCCAACGUUAACGACGACGGCGACGACAAUAUCUCAUCCCCAAUCUUUUCAAACCUAUUUCCCCACUUCUUCCACUUGGUGUUUGGGUACUACUACACCACCACCCCAUGAUCAUCAAUUCUCAUAUGUACAUGACAACAACAACCCUCAAGUUUUGAAUACUUUGAAGGAUCAAAAUUGGAUGACAACCAACAUGAGCCUUGCUUCGUGGUUAUCGCCUACCCUUGCCUCAAUUGAUCGUCGAGAUAAGAGAUCAGAUGGCAAUGGUGGUGACAACGAUGAUGAUAAUGAUGAUGAACUUGAUUUGGAGCUUCGACUCGGGCAUGAUCGGUAGUAGUAGCAAUAGUAAUAUUAUAUAAUUCAAUGUUUUUCCCCCUAUGAUAUAUAAUUUGUGUGUGCAGCUAUAUACAAAUAUAUAUACCUAUAUAAAUCUCUAUAUAUAUUUUUGUUGUGUGUAUAGACAUGGGGUCUUGUAUUUUCCUUUUGAAGAGAGAGCAUUAUUUGAAUUUGGUGCAUCAUCGCUAUAAGGAUUUUCGAAUAAAGGAAAAGGCAGUACAAAAAUUUGGAUACUUGAGAGAUAUUAUUAUAUAUCGCCGCCGUCCUCCGAUGCCGGCCGACCGAUUGCUGCUGCGCCGCUGCCGCUGCCGCUGCCGCCCUCUAUUUGUUUUGUAGGAUCGAUAUAUAAUGUAAGUUUGAUUUUAAAUUUUAAUUUCUUCAUGUCAUUAUUAUUAUUUUUU